AAAAUCACACACUUGCGUAUUUUUUUUUUUGCUCAUUCCCCUUUCUCGCCCCCUUCUUCCUCCUCCUCGUAGUUUCAAAUCCCAAUCCUCUCCUCUGCUGAUUCAUCACUCUCCUAUUCGUAUAGGCACCGAGACCUUCUAGGUCUGGUCCCAGAUUCGAUUCACAGAAGCGACAAAGAGCGACGUAAGUUUGUUAAGAGGAUGGUAGGCGGCGGUGGUGGUGGUGGUGGCGCUAGGGUUUCGAUUCCGGCGAAGACUCGGAAGACGAUUCAGACGAUCAAGGAGAUCACUGCUGGGAACUACAGUGAGGAGGAGAUUCACGCAAUGCUCCUCGAAUGCAAUAUGAAUCCCGAUGAGGCUACUCAGCGCCUUCUUCUUCAGGAUCCAUUCCUUGAGGUUAAGAAGAAGCGUGAUAAGAGAAAAGAGAACCUUACCAACAAGGAUUCUGUUGAACCACAAUGGAGAUCUGGUGGCCCAGGCCGUGGUGGCAGGGGUGGUCGGGUGAAUUUCUCUUCUCGUCAUUCAUCACAUGAUGGUGCCGGUUCAAAGAAUUCUUUCAGAAAAGAAAACGGUCCAAAGCAGGUCACCGAUCCAUCAGCUUCAACCUCCCAAGAAACAAAAACUAAAGACAAUGCAGUGUCAAGCCAUUCAGCUGUGAUGGAUAAAACUUCUGAUGUUCAUCAUCCUUCCAACCGACCAGCUCGUUCAGGCCAAGGCAAAGCUACUGGAUCUUCAGUCCCCUCAAACAGCAUUGAAUCAAGCAAAAAUCGUCUAGCAUUGGGCGUUAAUGAGCAGAAGUCGGCUGGUUCUUUGCCACUCCCUCGUCCAUCCUCCUCUGAGGUUCGAUUCACUCCCAAAUCUGUUGGCGAGCAAACAGUGCAUGAACAACACAUGGGAGAAAGCAAGUUCCAUAACAGAGCUCGUGGGGUUGUGAAGACCGCCGUGAACGACGCUUAUGUUCCGAGGCCUGCUUCAUCUCAUAGCAACAGCACGGGUAGCCGGCCUUCUUCUAACUACAGUAACCGGUCGCAUCAGACCGUUGCUCAAAGAGGUAAGGAAUGGAAACCGAAGCCAGUGAACCAUAACACCACUCAGGGCUCUGUCGCAUCAGCUACAACCGAAACUCUUGUAGUUCCUACUGAAGCCAGCGAAAAAUCUGUUGAAGAUGUUGUCCCUUCUGCAGAGGGUACAUCUAGAUUGGAGAGGCAGCUUGAAGACUUGCAGAUCCAACGUCAGCAUGUUAUUAUUCCAAACCACAUCCUUGUUCCAGAGGCUGAACGAACCAAGUUUAGCUUUGGAAGCUUUGAUGCUGGCUUUUCAAUAACAUCAACUUCAGUAGCUUUUCCAGAGACUGAGAAAAUAUCUGCACCUCUCUCUCAGAAUUCGCCGGAAGUUGAAGAAAGGUUUGAAGAGGAGGAAUUGAGUCACCCAACUGUCAUUUCGACUGAAAAGGAGGAGGACAAUAAUGUUUACUCAGAGUCGCCUUCACAAGUUCCAAAUGAUAUGGCUGGUGAAGGUAUUACCGCAACAAAUGCAGCUCCAGAGUAUGAUGUCUCCAAGCAAGAGAAUAUGUUGGAGUCCGAAAGCAAUCAAAACUCUUUUGACCACGUUCCGAGUAAUAUCACCGGGCUCGCUCCUCCAGCUCCUGGGAGCCAGCUUCCACAAUUUGAGAAUGCUGACCCUCAAGCACGUGAUGCCCUUCGUAUUCCCAAUUUUGUGGUCCAGCAGCCAUUUGAUACAGCGAGUUACUAUGCUCAGUUCUACCGCCCAGGCCUUGACAGUGAUGGCCGUGUUUCUCCCUUUGCUGCGUCCAAAUUCAAUGGGAAUGUUACAGGGUUGCCUCCUCAUUCAUCUCAAACCAUGCAAGAGGGUGGAAACAAUUUGGUGAUGUCGACAGCUAGUCCAACUCCAUUGGCAACUCAGGCUGCUGGGCUGAUGCAGAGCUCUUUACCUGUCACGCAGCAGCCUGUUCCUGUUUUCCGUCCCCCGGGAUUACACAUGUCGCAUUAUCCACCAAACUACAUGCCAUAUGGACACUACUUCUCCCCGUUCUAUCCACCUCUCCCGACAAUGCACCCGUUCUUGAGCAACGGUGCAUUUCCCCAGCAACCUCAGGCGAGCGGUGUAUAUCAUACUCCUCCACCCCCUGGAGCUGCUGCACCAGGAGGCAAAUACACACUUCCUCAUUACAAGCCCGGGACUAACGCAGGAAACUUGGCUCAUGUUGGUAUGCCUGGUGGUUACGGACCAUCGUAUGGUUCCUUCCCAGCAGGGUAUAAUCCCUCCUCUGCUGCUUCAGCUGGGAAUUCAAAUUCCAAUGAGGAUCUCAGCACAUUGCAGUUGAAGGAAAACAACGGCUACAACACAACAGGGCAACAGAGUGAAGCAUUGCCUGUAUGGAUUGCUGGACCAGGAAGAGAUGUGCCAAGCUCUUUCUACGGUUUACAGCACCAUGGGCAACACGUGACUUACGCUCCAGCACAAGCUGGUCACGUGGCAUUCCCAGGGAUGUAUCAUCCAGGACAAGCAGUGACAGCACCAGGAGGAGUUCAUCAUCCGCUCUUACAACAGUCUCAAGGUGGUGUCGCUGGAGGUGAAAUGGUUGCACCUGGGCCUAACGUUUUCCAACAGCCUCAACAGACACAGAUGAAUUGGCCAAGUAAUUACUGAAACAGGGAGUACAAAAGAAAAGUAAAAGAAGAUUUUGAGGGUUCAGGAAGAUAUGGUGCAGGUUUCGUUGACUUGCGUGUUUGUGUGUGCCAUUUAACAAAUUACCGAAGAGAUGAAAAGCUUUGAAGCAUGAAGGGAUUGACAGAGAAUGAUCAUAAGAGGAUAGGGGGAAGGUAUUAUUAUUUUUUUAUGAAUCAAAGUGUUUUUGGUGUUUCUAUAUCUUUUUUGUUUCUUAUGGUUUUUAGCAAAAAAAUUACUUUCUUAGUUUUGAGAAGAGGUUGUUCUUAGCUCUCUUUAUAAGUUUCUGAGCUAAAGCCUAAGAACUUUGCUGCCUGCCUGAGUCUGUAUCUGAAGACUCUUCGUUCUUUUCUUGGCCUUUUGGUCAAUGUUUUCAUAUCCGGGCCAGCAAUCAAAUUUGGACAAACUUUCUUCA